UCCUACCCGGCAGCGAUUCCCGGGGCAGAGGCGGAGCCCGCUGGGGCUAGCAGUGGUCGGGCUGGGUUGCAGGGGUUGUGAUGUCCCUUGCGGAGCGACAGCGGAUGGCGGAAGAGGAGGGGGAAGGGUCCGGGGCCGGCGGUGGGGAAGAAGUGGUUCAGAUCCGGCUGGGGGACAAGUGCUACCCGGUGUGCAAGAGGAAGCUGAUCGAGCAGAGUGACUAUUUCCGAGCCCUGUACCGUUCGGGUAUGCAGGAGGCAGGGCAGGGCCAGGAAGAGCAGCUUUUGCGUGGAGGGCUGAGUGCGCUAGGACUAGAGCUGGUGCUGGACUUCAUCAACACCUCCUGUUUGGCCCGGCUGGAGCAGGAGGGUGAGGAGGAACCCCCGCUGCUGGAGGAGCUGGUGGAGGCUGCCUCCUACCUGCAGGUCACUCCCCUGCUACGCCUGCUGCUCUCCCAUGUGCGACUGGGCAACUGCCUUGAGCUACACCACUUGGCCCAGGUCUACGGCCUGCAGGACCUGCAUGAUGCCUGUUUGGACUUCAUGGCCUCCCAUUACCACCAGGUGCUGCACAGGCCCGAUACUCGGCUGCACCUCCACCUGCCCCAUGCUCUCCAGCAGCACCUAAAGGAGAGGCGGAUGAGAGGCACUGCCACUCUAGUGGCCAUUGGGGAUUUCAUGGGCACCUCAUCCCUGGGCCUGUCCCCAGGCUGUCAUCUGCAGGCAGAGGCCCCGUGGUCCAUGCUGAGGUACAACGAUGAAGCGGAGCAGUGGCUACCCCUGGCCAACAACUUACCUCCGGAUCUGGUGAAUGUGCGAGGCUAUGGGUCGGCCAUGCUGGACAACUACCUCUUUAUCAUUGGGGGGUACCGGAUCACCACCAGUCAGGAGAUCGCAGUUGCCCAUUGUUACAACCCUUGCCUAAAUGAGUGGAGUCAGCUGGCUUCAAUGAACCAGAAGAGGUCAAAUUUUAAGCUGUUGGCUGUAAAUGGAAAGCUGUAUGCCAUUGGUGGUCAAUCCCUUUCCAGUGUGGAGUGUUAUAACCCAGAAAAUGACUGGUGGAAUUUUGUAGCAUCCAUGCCAAAUCCUCUUGCAGAAUUCUCAGCUUGCGAGUGCAAGGGCAAGAUCUACGUUAUUGGAGGAUACACUACACGAGACAGGAAUAUGAACAUCUUGCAGUACUGUCCUACUUCUGAUUCUUGGACCAACUUUGAACUCUGUGAUGUCCAUGUUCGUAAACAACAGAUGGUCUCUGUUGAAGAAACAAUCUAUCUAGUAGGAGGUUGUAUUCAUGAACUUGGACCAAACCAAAAAUCCAGCCAAAGUGAGGAUGUGUUAACUGUACAGUCUUACAACGUUGCUACCAAAGAAUGGCUCUACCUCAAAGAGAACACAUCAAAGUCGGGUCUUAACUUGACUUGCACUCUACACAAUGAUGGAGUUUAUAUAUUGAGUAGGGAUAUUACUUUAUCUACAAGCUUGGAGCACCGUGUUUUUCUGAAGUAUAACAUAUUUACAGACAGUUGGGAGUCACUAAGACGCUUUCCAGCCUUUGGACAAAACAUGCUUAUCUGUUCUAUGUAUUUGCCUGAUGUGCAAGAUGUGUAAUGGCAUCAGGUUUUUCUUUGCAGCUCAUUAAUCAUUGUUGGAAGAAAUAUUACUCCAAGUAAUUCCAGUUUCGGAAUGCAAUGUAGUUACAUAACAUAGGAAUAAAAUGCUGAUUCUUUUCUUAAAAAAAAAAAAGUUUCAGAAUCCAAUAUUAAGAUAAAUGGUUCUAGAAACAGUUCUAAUAUUUCAGUUUUAUUUUAUUUUAUAUUCAAAUUUCACCAAAUAUUGUUUAUAGCUUAAAUUUUUAUGUUGGUAACUAGUGAAGGAUAGAGUUCCAAAGGCAGAACUGAUUAUUCUCAUUUUCUCCAUUAUUACAGACAACGUAGAAGAGAAAGAGUAUACAUGGUGAAAGUGAAUAUAAUUAAAUAAAAUAAAUACUACAUCUAAGAGGAAUCACAAAAGGAAUGAUUUUUUUUUUAAAUGUAAUUUUUACACAACCUGUUUUCUGGCAAAUGCAUAAUGUUUAAAAUUGCUUACACUGUCAUGUUAUUCUCUUCUACAGUCACGAGUGAGAGUUUCAAGGGUGCCAGCAAUUAGGUAUUGCCAAGAAACAUGUAUUCCCCUGAAUUAUUUGUCAUAAAAUGCUUUGCAAGGGUCUGGGAAGAAUUACCUGGAGGCUGAAAGUUUCUGGAUAUUAGGUGCUGUUGUAAUGGUAGUUAGCAGCAUUUAUGGUUGCCAUUAUGACAGAGGUAAAAAGACUGCAAAUUCAGAUGGAGAAGUUUGCUUAUCUUCCAGAACGUUUUCAGUUUUAGUUAUCCUGUUGUUUUCUGCAAUACUGAAUAUUAAAAAUCAAAUUAUAGAAACAAAGAACCAGAUGUUAGCAGCAAGCUGCACUGUAGGAAGAUAUAUAUGAGUACACGCUAUGGUGAUUCUGCACCAGGCACUUGCUGCUUGAUAACAGUCAUCUAGGGCAAAGAGGAGACUGAAUCGCUUGAUGUGGCAGGGCUUAUUUGUGUGAACAACUCCCUUACAACACCAGCUCUAACAGGUGUAUGUGGAUGUUGACUCUUUCUUGUGUUGCAAGGAGCCUGGUAGAUAUAACCAGUUUGCUACCUAAAGUUGUUAGUUUCUCCGAAGAACACAACGGGAUAGUCACCACAGAUACUCAUUUGUGUUCCCUAGUUUCUGCAUGUUGCCUGAGACCCUUUCCUUUUUGUAGCUGACAGGUUCACUGGAGUCUUGUGAAGGCCUUGGUCAUCAUGGGAACAUUUCACAACUGCUGCAUUUGGGAAAUCAUAGGCAUACCUUGAACAGAUUGCACAGAUGUUGAUUUUGCACUGGCCUUUUCUCGAAAUGAUGAGGUUUAAUUUACUUGAAUGGGUUCCUAGCAUGGGGAGAUUUUUUUUUUUCCUUCUGUUUUGAAAUUCAGGAAUCUGAAUUGACUUUUGAAAAUAGAUGCCUGUUGUACAGAGAAGGAAAAGACAGCAAUGGUUCCCUCAGGUCUCUUUUAACUCCCAUCUUUUCUGUGGUCUUGAAUUAACUUGAUUCUAAAAAAAAGCUAUCAGAUGAUUCUCUCUCACACAUUCAGUGCUUAGGUGCACAAUCUUGAUGCUUCUGAUCAUGCAUAGCAACCCAAAUAGAAAAUUCCGGGAAACAUUAUGUACUAUGUAUUCAAGGUACUUUGAAUAUCCAGAAUUAACCUUCUGGGUGGAAUUUUUGUUGUCUCACAGAGUAUGGUAUGCUUAGGCCCCAAGUAGUGUCUACCAUUCAUCUGUAUGCAUGAAUUUCACAAGUUUAGCCUUUGUGUGUUAGUUUCCAUUCCUUCGAAAACCUCAUGAACUGAGCAGCUGCUGUGUUAUGACAGUUACAUCAGACCAAACAGUGGCUUUUCUACGAUGAAGAAAUAAGGUGACUUUCCUAAGAUUCUUAAGUGAUUUGUUUUUAGUUUUUAAUCUAUAAGUUUUAGAAUAAAUAUAGACACUAUUCCAUUGUCUGGUUACAAAUUAUUUCAGCCACAUUAUUUUACUUCCUUCCUUUUCACUUUCACAUAUACUACCCUACUAUAAUCCAUUAGAUAACUCACAGUAGUACUGCUAGAGGAAAUCAUAUUUGAGUUGUGGCAUUCUCUCACCUGGCAAAUUAACUGUGAAGAACUCACAUUUCCAGAUUUUCAAUUUAGUAUAUCUAAUCCUUUCAAACACAUCCAUUGUGUAGAGCACGCAUCAUUACAAAAGAUGUGAUACAGUGCUUUUAGUGUGAUCUUUUUCAUGAGAGGCCCUCCUAAAUUGGAAUUAUGUAUGUGUUGGUUUCAGCUUCUGGUAGUCAGGUGAUCAUGUAGAAAUGUGGAGAACCUGCUCAAAUGUAGAAGAGAAAAAAGCUCAGAUUGUGAAUGCCAACAGACUCUUCUAUCAAUAUGUGGAGCAAAUUUAUCAAUAAUGAUAAUUAACAGUGCUACAGUUGCAAAUCAAAACUGGUGUUGAAUUUAGUAGUAUGAAGCUAAUUAAGUUAAGUGGACUGUAUAGCUACAGGCUGAAAUAAAUAUAGCUUUUUAAGCAAAAUUAAUUACAGAAAAGUAUGCAAUGGAUAUUCCUCACAAAUCAGGAAAAACAUCCUACAACCUGUAAUGACUGUCCUUUGCCCUUCUUAUUUUCUUUCCAGAAUUUUAAUAUUCCACGUAAGGUGCUGCUGAGCAGUUUCUGGCCUUCUGGGCAGGGAAAACUGGUUGAGAGUCCCUAACAGUGAGUAAUUUAAAAGCUGCUUUUUAGCCAGUGGAAAUGUUGUUCAGUGAUUCAGUGUGCUGUGUUUGCUUUUUUGGUGGGAAAAAAUGUCCUAUCUUAUAGACAGAAAAGCUUCUUUUGAACAACAGUUGAAGUGUAGAGCAAUGGUCCUUAUGAUCUUACCAGCUACAAAAUUCCUCAGUGUUAUCCUGAUAUCCAUAUUCUGACUUACGUGGCUUUGGAGAGAUCACUCUACCUGCUUGUGUCUUCGUUCCCCAAGACAACACGAGUAGGAAUGCUGAUCAUGCUGGGACACAAAUGGUUUGUCUGGUGUUGCAAUGUUUGUGAGAUCUCUUGAAUGUGUGAAGAACAAAUAUUCUGCUUAUUGUAACCAUCUUCUUAGGUAUUAAAAUUGCUUGAUGGAAACUGGCAAGAUAGAAGACAACUAGUAAUCUCAUUUUGGUCUCUGCUAAUUAUCUUCAUUUUGAACUGAUGGCUACUUCCUAUCUUUCUUUUGUUUCUGUUGCCUACUAGCUUACAGUUUGCCGAAGUUUCUUAGUGUUGGUGUUCUCAAGUCUGUAUGCAAAUUUAGAACUGCUGCUUUCCUGCCUUGUCUUGGUUAUCCAAUGCUUGCAUAUUCACUUUUCAUCUUAAUUGACUGAAUCUGUUUGAUACUAGCCAGUAAAAGCUGACUGUAGAAGAGGAUGAUCCCAAGUUGAAAGAAAGAACAACAGGAAGAACAACUGACUCUAAAGUCCUGAGGGAGAAGUAAAUGGAAAACUCUGGGAACUUUAGUCCCUUCCCAUAAAACAGAGAAGUGUUAGAAAGGUUGCUCACAUCAAGCCUAAGAGAGAGCAUAAUAGUUUCUUCCUUUCCAGGAAUGGUUUGUGGUUUUCAAUGUGAAAUAAGAGUUAUGUGGAGCUUAAGUUUAAUCUCCCUGGCCAAUUUCCAUAGAUUUCUUUUUCUGCCCUGUCAGCUGAACUUCCUUUGCCUGAAUAUUUUUUCCAUUCUUUGAGAGUUUUGUCCUACAUCAGUGUCCAGACUGUUUGGAUGAAAUCAUAUGAUAAUACUUUGUUGACCUUUUCUUUUUGUUAGUCUCCUUUUCACUGGUCUGUGUCUAUCAGUCACAGAUGAAAAAGUAAUUUGUAAUUCAGGUAUUUUUUCAUUUAUUCAAUUAUUGGCUUUUGAAAGUUAAGUCUACCAUGCUACAAAUGGUUUUUUUUGUUUGUUUGUUUGUUUUUUUUUUUUCAUUUAAUCCUCAUUUUAGUGAGAAAUGAUGCUACAGAUUCAGAGUUUGUGGAAAUUGACCUGUAUCAGUCAUGUGAGAGAGCGGAAGGCACAGAGUAUGGUAAUGACGCUUAACAUACAACAUGCUCAAAGACCUGCAAGAGCAGAGACUUAUUAUCACAAUUGUCCCUGUAAGAUAAGGUACAUACUGUAAAUGAUGUUAAACCAGUAAAAAUCCCUGGGAUACCUGUCAUUGUUACCAAUGAACUUAUAAGCAGUCAUCAAAAGUCCUUUUAGGGCAGAAACUGUUGGUAUCCAUAGUAUGUUGUAUUGAUUUUGCAUUUACAGUAAUGACCAAAGGGUGGCUCCCUGUACCUAUGUAUGAACCAGAAUAACAGAUGUAAGAUAAAGAAAGGUUAAACAUUUUUCUCUACAGUACUAACAUACUCAGAGUAUGUUUUCUCUCUAAUCAACUUAGAGUCUGUUUUAGUGUAAUUAUGUCUUUUUUAUACCGAAAGAAGGGUGGAAUUUGGAUAAGGAGUCUGGAUUUUGUGAACUACUUGGGUAACGCAUCCACAUCUUUAAACUUGCUAUCCCAAUUAUGCAUUCUUUGUGAUUUUUUUUUCUAAAGCCAAUAGCCAUUAUCAAUAACAUGUGUUAUGUCCUAAGUAUAUCAGUAUUUUCUUAAGUAAGUUUCAGUUUCUUUAUUUUAAUUAGAAGGCUUUCAUUUCUGAAAUACAGACUGUUCAUCUUCUAUAAAAGAAAAUGAAUCACUGCAAUUACUGUCUCUUUCUAGUGGAAGGCGGAUUAGUCAAUAUCCAGUUUUAGAGUAUCCAGUUAUAUUCUGUACGUUUUCAACUAAUAUAAGCUUUGAUAGGAGAGAAGAGUGUUCAGCUCUUGAGCAUUUUCUGUUUGACGGUACUUGUACCAUUAUUUAAGAUUUAACAAUAGUUGUGAACUCUCUGAAUCCUCAUUCCCUCACAUCAUUUUCUGUUUGGAGUUUAUGAUUAUUUGAUCUGCUGUUGAUUUUCCACUGUCUGAUAUUUUCCAGAUGUUUCUAAGGAUGAGCCUUACGAUAAGACACCCUUUAUGAAUAAUUUUCUGAAAUUAAAAUAAUAUACUUUUCCCCAA